CAUGCUAUUGUUUAUUUUUGUUAACCUAUUUUGCCUUUAUGUGUUACAAUUAUUAUUACAAUUCAAAUACUAAUUCAGAGUCAGAAAUGUACAAGGUUUCAAAUCCGGACGUAAAAUACACGGUCGCCGCUAUGGUUGGCGAGAACGCUGACGGCGUGAUGGUUGUCGGCACAUACACCAUUGUCAAGAAGCUCGGAAGGGGCGCGUACGGAACCGUCUACCUUGUCAAGCACGCUGACACCGGGAAGCAAUAUGCCAUGAAGGAGUACUUCAAAGCGAGUCUGCGCAAGCGGCGACAGUCUGAUAUAAUGAAGAGCGCACGCGGCGGAGGAUCCAUGCGGCCAGGCCGUGGCGGGCUUUUUGCUGCCCGGCAGACUAUGCAGAAGCAGCAGAGCGAGGAGGCAUCCGACCCCUUUUCGCUGAUAAAGACCGAGCUUGCUAUAUCAAAGAAGCUCAAGCACCAAAACCUCGUGCAACUCUACGAGGUGCUCAACGACUCGGAGCAGGAUGUGCUGUAUCUAAUCAUUGACCUGUGCGAGAACGGUCCCAUCCAGAUUCUGAACGCUGAGCAAAACUCAACUAGCACAUACUCAACCGAGGUUGCGCACAAGCACUUCACGCAGGCGUUGCUCGGGCUGGAGUACCUCCACGAGCAUGGUAUUGUGCACCGCGACAUCAAGCCCGACAACCUGCUCCUGACAAAAGACAAUGUGCUCAAGAUUGCAGACUUUGGCGAAUCUGUCUUGCUCGAGGAGAUCGGGGACAAGGUCAAGGGGUCCACCGGCACUCCUGCCUUCAUGGCGCCAGAGCUCUGCCAGAGCUUAAGCGAGAUCUCCGGCGAGGCCGCGGACAUAUGGUCGCUGGGCGUGUGUCUAUAUUGCUUCGUGUACGGCACCCUGCCAUUUAAGGGCACCACUGUGUUUGAGAUUAUGGACGCGAUUUCCUCAGACGAUCUGCAGUUCCUGGGCACUAAAGAUGAAAGCCUGAACGACCUGCUAGUUCACAUGCUCGAGCGCAACCCCGAGACGAGAAUCACAAUCGAUGAGAUUCGCGAGCACCCGUGGGUUACUCAGGGCGGAAAGUUCCACCUGGCGACCAAGGAGAAGAACUGCGAAAACCCGGUCGAAGAGGUCACUCAGCAGGAUAUCGACAGUAUCAUCCAGCCCAUCUUUGACAUCAUGCCAGUCAUCAUGGCCAUCUCCAAGCUCCGCCGCUUCCGCAGACGCAUCAGAGAUAAACGUGGGCAAGAGGAAAUACUGGAGAAGGAGAGGAAGCAGCUACAAGAGCAAAAGAUAACCGUGAUUGCAGAUGACCAAAUAUAAUUAUUUUUUGCGUCAAAUAAAAAGC